CAGUCGAGCGCGAAGCCCACUAAAUUCCGAACAAGUUUGUGAUAUAGAAUGUAAUCUAGUGAAACGGCAUGUGUACGUUACUUUUACAAAUCUGUCUUCUCGGCACGUAUUUACAUGUUAGCAAACAGGAUUGUUUGGAAGAAAUUUCAAAUAAUAAUAGCGUAAGUGUAAUAUGGCACCAAACUCCACCCGCAACUAAUGUACAAUCAAAUCCACUUUGUUAUUAUAACGAAGAAUUAGUAACAAGAAAUUGCACCGAAACAAAUUGGAUACCGCCUAUUGAAAAAUUACAAACAUGUUCAAAGGUCGUCGAAUAUUUUGAUGAGUCAGCAUGCCCACCGGGAUUGCAUAAAUUUUCACAAACCGAUAACGAGAACUGUUAUAAAAUACAUGAACCUUCCACAUGGAACUAUCCUUGCUUCAAGAGCGGUGGUGCGUCACUUAUUACAGAUUUAGAUGCAGAGCAAUUUGAAUUUUUGUUACAAUCUUUACAUGCAAUGCACACUUCUAAACGUUUCUGGUUACCGGCACAACGAGUGAAAUCUUUUCACCCGAUCGUAUGGUAUAUACCAGGAUCUUACUGGGGACAUUCCGUUAACUUCAGUAGCAAUGUACCUAUAAGACCACAAAUAAAUAAUAAUUGUUUAUUAUUAGACAUUGAAAGAAAACUUAUCAGUACAGAAAAAUGCAAUAAAGAAUAUCCUAGUUUAUGUUUCUAUAUAAACGAUUUGCAUUACCCAGCAAAAUGCCCUGAUGGAUAUCACGCUUUUAGAUUUAUGCCAAAUGACGGAAUGUGUUUUGGAAUCGAAAAGACUGAAAAUGGAACCGGUUUUACAUUGUCUGAUUUUCUUAAGACACAAUGUAACAAACCCAUGGGACGCGCCGAAAAUGGCGAACUACAAAAGUUCAUUUUCAUGAAAAUAGCAGAACAGAGUGAACUUAGCAGAAAUAGUUGGUGUUGGUUUGGAUCUAAUGAAUAUACAAUAAAUUAUUCUUACAACAAUGGAACAAGCAUUUUUGAAACUAGCGUAAAACCUUUUGAAAGUGUAAUAAACAAACAAGGUACUCUAAGUUUAAUGAGUUCAGAAGCCAUGUUAUCUUGUAUGGCUUGCGAAAAAGAAAUAAUUUAUAAAGGAAUGAAUACAGAGUUUGAAAUCGAAUACAAUAAUAAUGAUCGAAAGAUUUAUUUAACUGUAUAUUUUCCGUCAGGUUUAUGGAAAGAUGAAAAUGAUGACAUAGGCAUUCAGUGCUUUUCAGAUGCAAAAGGAUUUGUUAAAGUAAUCAGUGUGGACGAAUAUCCCAUAAUUGAUGUUGAUUUACAGAAAUCAGAUUAUUCCGAAUCUGUUAAUGUAGAAAAAUCUGUAUAUGUUAUUGAUCUUGUCACCGACAUGCCUGCCCAAUAUUGGUGUGAAGGCCACACACAAAAUUUUUCGUUGAUAACUACGGAAAAAAUUAUUGUAAAUCCUAGAGGAAAUCAAAUACAUGUAUUUUCACUGACUAUUAAAAUUUGUUUUUAUGCAAAUGAAAAUACUACUUUGUCAGAUAUAUUGAAAGCAACUGAAAAUGUUACAACAAUUUUUGAAACAGAAAAAAUAUUACUGAUGGAUGUUUCCGAACCUGAUUUGAAUGAAGUGAAAUUAGUGAUGCACUUGCAUGUUACUGUGAAUGAUAGUUCUGCAGACAAUGGAAAAAAUCUACAAGAUACUUAUAUUUUUCUAAAGACUUUAUGUGAAAACGAACUUCCUAAACAUAAUAUUACUUUUGUUAGUUUAUCUAGUUCUUUAUACUGUUUGCCAACCACGUCAAUAGAUUUCAUAGUAUUGGACUGGGAAUUAACACCAGUUGGUCACAUAACUGCACCAAAACAAUUCUGUCUUCAAACUAAUGGUUUACCUGUAAAAAGACGAUGCUAUGGCUCCUAUCUUCAUGGUAGUGUUUGGGGCCAAGUUGAAGGCACGUGUGAUAAAAAUUACGAACCUUCUGAAAAAACGACCUUUCUUUACAAUUUUGCAAAAGGACAAGUUUCAGAGAAUGCAACCUCGAGAUUUCUAAUUGACGGGCUAAAUUUUGUGCUCGAUGACACUGAUAUAAUAAUUCCAGCUGAUAUAUAUUACUUGGCAAUGUCUUUAAAACAUAUUUUAAAUAUUGCGCAUGAAAACCAAAAUUCAAUCGAAAUGGGAGAUAUUGAAAAUAUAGCCUGGGUUAUGGACCGGGUUAUGGACCUAGACAUUGGAUACUUGCAUUUAGCACAAACACUAAAUUCAACUAAUGUAAUACUAGAUUCCGUUAAUAAUAUAAUUGACAUUCUCGUUCAAACAAAUGUUAGUUCAAACAAGCAUGAUCGUUCUUCGGAACACCGUGGUUAUCAGAUAGCGAUUAAACCUCAAUUUGUUAUUCAAAUAUCUUACCCAAAAUAUAAUAAUAUAACUGGCAUUGCAUUAGUGAGAUCUGGACAUUCAGAUAAGUUUACCGACAUGAUUGUAUAUCCACUGUAUAAAAAUACAACCCUUGACCACGUAUUCUCAAUCGAAAAUUUGGAAAUAGCAUCAUGGUUACCAGAAAAUAUUUUAAACAAUUUGAAAUGUAAUAGUAAUAUAACCAAUUCAACAGAUUUAGACAAUUUUCAUAUAGUAAUAAGUAUAUAUCAUAAUGAUGCUAUGUUUCAGGAGCUUAAUGCAAAUAAGUCCACUGUCAUCAGUCGUAUUAUAGAAAUAUCGGUACCCAACUUUAUCUCAAACUUGGAAUAUUCUGUGCCCUUAAUAUUUAAUCAAAUAAACAUUACAAAUUUUUCAAGAUUUUGUGGUUAUUGGGAUUUUGAAAGCCAUAAAAUUAAUAGUAUUCCGGGUCAUUGGUCAAACCGAGGAUGUUACUUGAUUAAAACUGUCGGCAAUUUGGGCGUUUGUGAAUGUUAUCAUUUAACACAUUUUGGUCAAUUAAUUAACAUACAAGAUGUUUAUUCCAAUGAUAAAAAUGAGGUUGAUCAUACAAAAGUUUUGAACAUAAUAACUCUAACUGGAAGUUUUCUUUCUUUGUUAGGUAUUAUUGGUAUAUGGAUAACAGCGUUAGUAUUCGACGUUUGGAGGAAAAAAGCGGGUACCAAAGUUCUUAUUCAAUUGUCCACUUCUAUUGCACUACCUUUAAUACUAAUGUUAGUUUUCAAUCUAAAUCAAAAAAUCUUUGUAGAAAGUGAAGGCAAGUUCAUUUUAAAUAACGAUAUGAAAAUCGUUUGUAUAACUUUAGGAGCAUUGUUACAUUAUUCAAUUCUAGCAAACUUUGUGUGGAUGUUGAUCACAGCAACUUUACAGUUUAUUCGCUAUGUCCGAGUCCUCGGAGUAAGUAGGCCAUCCAGGUUUAUGAUUAAAUUUAUGAUUAUAGGAUGGGGUACUCCAAUUGUUCCAGUAGUUUCAAUUUUAUGGGUUAAUCACGAGAACUACAUACCUGAUCCUUCAAUAAACCGUCCUAUAUGUUAUCCUAAGGAAUUUUACUUUAUAGCCUCGGUCAUAAUACCUAUUAGUAUUAUUCUCGUUAUUAAUAUAAUUUUAUUUCUUUUGGUUAUAAAAUCUAUUUCUCAAAGUUCUGAUAUGAGAACAACAGAUCGAAGUUUAGUAUUUGCCCAAUUAAGAUUGUCAAUAUUUUUAUUCUUUCUAUUAGGACUCACGUGGAUUUUUGGUAUAAUUUCUUUUACAGGGAAUUUCUUAUGGUCAUAUCUUUUUUGUCUAACUGCUACUGUGCAAGGUUUCGUAUUAUUUAUUUAUUUUGUCAUUUGCGAUCCGUCUACAAGAAACUUAUGGGUCAUGGUUUUCAAACCACCAUUUUCUAGAACUUCAUCAAGAAAAAGUAUCAUGAGUAUAAAUAGCGAAUAAGAUACACAUUAUAUUAUAUCCAUAUAUAUGAUUAAUGUACUUAAAAGAAAAAAACUAUUGUGAGGAAAUAUAAUUAAUUAUUUAAAAUAUUAAUUUCACUAAAUGAAACAUAUUACUUAAGUAAAAUUUUCAACCAACUCAAAAUAAAGGAGGUUCUUAAUUCGGUUGUAUUUUUUUUUAUAUUUUUUACCUCCUAACUCCAUCAUUUGUAAGCUGAUUUAGAAUUUUAUUAUUUAUCUAAAAGGAUAUUUAACUUACAGAUAAGUUCGAUAGAAUUAUUAUCAAAAUCUGUUCAGAAGUACAGUUUUUAAAUCAUAAUAAUUAGUUUCGUCUGACACAAUCUUUAAUUAUAACAAAUCUACAUAUACAUAUGUUAACUAGUAGAAAAUGCCAAAAAUCAGAUAUUAAGUCCGCCCUGCAGACAUUUUCUAAUGUGUGCAAAAGUAUAAAUAAAUAAAUAAAUAAAAUGUAUAAAAGACGAUACUGAUUGACUGACACAUAUACCAACGCACAGCCGAAAUCGCUGAAUCUAGAAUCUUGAAAUGUUGCAAAUUGUAUUUUUAUAUUACAUAGGAGAACAAAAGGAAAGGAAUUUUAAAAAUUUCAGAAGGUUAAUUAAAAAAUACCAAAAUCCACACAUACGAAUUCACGGGCAAAAAUUACUUUUAAUAACUGUGCAUCGCGAAUGCUUACCAAACUUCAGCGCAAAUACGUAACAUAGUUUUGCAAGUGAGUUUGUAAACAAAUUAUUUGUAAAUUGUUUGUUGUCCUAUUAUUUCCAUUGCCACAUGUAAUGUGCAAGCUAUACGUACUUACUCUCUAUAAUCUAUAAUAAAAGACACAUAGAUUUAAAUACCUGUAUCUGCGUUUUGGCUAUUUCAAAAAGUAAAAAAUA